AUGGCAUCGUCAAUCGCCAGGCAUACCUCCACGGUAUCUCUUGUCUCUACUGCUUCCGUGCCGCGGGAAGGCAGUGCUCUUGCGCAGGCCCUCAACCGAUAUCGAGAUCAAAUAGAGGCCGCUUGUGAUAAAAUCCUCGAAAAAUGCUGUAUGGACAAUAAACCUAGUGCUCCAGGGGACCGCGAGUCGGCGGCGUCGCAGGCACCUCGAGUAUUGGAGGACAGGGCUCGCGAGAUACUGACGCAGUACCUUAUCGAACUCCUCUCCUCUCUCGUUCUGCCCGAACCGCUGCCUCAGUCCAUCAGAGAUGUAAAUGCUCGGUUAGCCGAGGGUCAGCUCUGCUUCCCUGAUAAGUUGAUGCCGACCAAGGCCGAGCUAGAGGAGUUCCAUGUCCUCGCUGAAAAGGGAAAAAAGGUCCUCUUCGCGUCGUUAGAUUUGCCUGUGGAUAAAAUAUUCGCUGCACUCAAGGAACUCGCUGGCCGAUUUAACUAUCCAACUUGCAUAUACAUCACUGCGGUAACUGAGAAGGUUAUUAGUAACUUUCUAAAGAUGGUUGUCUACUUUGAAGAACGUGCACGAUCUGAGCAUGUGAUUAGCGCCGUGACUAUUCAGAACAUAUUUCAAUUCUACCGUGAUCGUGUAAAGUCACAACGUAAACAAUUGGAUAUUAUGCUUACGAAUAACUUUCCCCAGGACUAUAACAAUCUUGAGCAAAUGAAUCUUAUUUUACGGGUGUUCCGCGAGCCCAUACUUCACUCCCCAGUUUGCGCCUCUCUCCACGUUGGCUCCGAAGAGGCAGCCGUGCGAGAGGUCUUUCGGGACGCUCUCGACCUCUACAACAACUUUCGUCUCCUUCUUGACUAUCUCGAGUCUGACUGCGCUGAUGACUUGCCAUUCACCUCAUCUCCUUUCUCUAAUCCCCUUCCUUCAGCCAGUCAGCAACGGGAGACCGAUGAUUCUUCUUGUCGCACAACAACGGCAACAACAGAGAACCGUCGUCUCGUUGGCCGUCUCUUGAUCGAACCCGCUGAAGAAAUUGCUCUGGCGAGUUAUUCGGACUCGCCAGAUCCACUCAAUAAUAUUUGGAGGCUUUCAGAACGUACCGAUGUCCUUGAAAGCCUUGCGAGAUCUAGUCGAGCUAUUGUACACACCGUCUCCCGUUUGAAAGCACUACAUCAACAGGCCUACGACUCUGAGGAUCGGAAGCUUCUCAUGCUUGUUGUAGACUAUCUCUUGAGUGCUCGACUGAAUAUAAAAAGCGUUCUCUCCCGAUACCCGGAUCUCCACGUCCAACUGGCUCGUUUAGUUACCACUGGGCACCUCGUCACCGUCCAGACGUCCACUGCCUCAAGUUUCUGCAGUCAUCAGGUCAUCAGUCCCACGGGAAUUAACUCGCACCACCGCAGCUGCUCCGCCUCACCUGCUACCUCCAUGACUCCGCCCAUCCGUCGCAAUUCCUCCACUCAACAUCAGCACCAAUACUACCGCUGUAACACACCUCCACUUCCACCGCAGUCACAGCCGCUGCCUCCACCACACCAGACACCCAUGUUGGCAUUGUCGGCUGUAUUUUGUGCGGGUGGUGGCUAUACGGCCUCCCCUUUCGUCGUGGGGACGCCCACGACCACUGUGUCAGGAUCAGGAACGACGACGGUGGUGUCGGAGGAGGAGGUGGAGGAAAAUGUGGACUCCAUGAUGUCCACUCUCAUGAGUGGUGUUUGUGGUGUGGUGACAAAGGCCAAGUUAGAGGAGUUGGAACGUCUCACUGGUGGUAAGGACCGCCUCCUUUCCGCCUCCGUUGCCAGCUCCACAAUGGGAAAAUUUGUAAUGGAAGGUCGUCUAUGGGUGAGAGACGAGGGGAAGCGGGUUGCCUCGGAGCGGCAGGCCUACCUCUUCACGAAUUGCCUCCUCCUUUGCAAACGUAUGGAACGCCGCACGACCCUGGCGCCAUCGAUGGUGGCCGUGGCGGGCACGCAGCCGCUGCUGCGAGUUAAGCGGCGUCUUCCCCUCGAGGCCGCCCAUGUCAUUGACUGCGUUGCGCCUGUCCGGCCUCGACCCGAGGCCUUCUCCGGUUCCCACCCCCACAACUCCCUUGCAGAGUGUGCCUCACUCCUCUCUCGCUGCCCCGUCUCUGAUUCAAAUCAGCAUCUGCACGCCACGGUAGAGGAUGUUGAGCAGUGCUCAUUCAGUCUGGAGUUCUUUGGCACUGACCAGCGCCAGCUCUGCACCACGUCUGAUGGUGUGGGGGGAGGCGACGGCAGCUCCGCCGCCUCGGCUCUCAGUAACGGCGGCCUUGAGGUGCUGCAAGGUGUGCACCUUCACUAUCUUCACCUUGAGACAUCUUGCCUUGAAGAGAAGGCCGAUUGGAUGGCCUCACUUUUGAGCAUAACAACAUCACGGUUUGCUCAACCCGACACGCCUGAAGUGAUAGUUUUCGAAUCAGCAGCGGGUCAGUCUUCCGGUACUGCUACUAUUACUCAUCGUCUGCUCCAGCCCUCGUUGUCAAGUAGAAUCCGCUCCUCUUCGACAACGGCGUCUGUGGAUGACCCCUUUGACUCCCUCGAUGAAUUGGACGACGAAGUAGAAGUUGUUGAUGUGGAAUUCUUUCCAACCACCCCUACUGACGAGGAUUCUCUCGGGGGAGCCGACGAGGACCUUGCCCUUCCCCUCCCAGCCUCCACCUCUUCUCGUAUCCAUUCGCCGCAUCUGAGCUCCCAAAUACUCACCUCGUCGGGGAUUCCCAGUCUCCCAUCUUACCAUCCUACUCACUAUCGACCUCAGAUUCAGUACGCCACCCUUGAAAAGCUCAUUGAACGCCUCACCUACCCUGCCUACUUUGACGCUGAAGCUGUCAACGCUUUUUUAAUCUCCUACCGCCGAUUUAUCACCCCAGAAGAGCUGCUCGAUAUUUUGCUAGAGCGUUUCAAUGUGCCUUACCCAGACUUCACUGCAGAAGAGCGUCAGACGGAGAGUGUGGUGGAGCACAUGAAGCGACGCUUUCGCUCCGGCUACAAGAGGUGGGUGCAGGCGCGUGUGGUGGCCUUUCUCUUUAAGUGGGCGUCCUCACCCCGCUACUUCGCCUACGACUUCGCGCCCAACGCUGACCUCCGUGCUCGCCUCGCCACCUUUCUGGCCGGCGUGCGUGUACGCAUUCUCCUGCCCGUAGUACAGGCCAUCGAGCAUGUCCUCACCAGGGGUGAUUCGAUAACUGUGCCUGUCACCCCCAUCACUACUUCCAUGGGGGUCGCCGUUGCCAUCACUGAACCUAAAGGUCACCACCCCGCCCGUUUAAGAGCCACGGAGACCGUUGAUAACCAACACCUCAGUCAGCCACCUCCGCUCUUCUCAGAUUCUCUCCCACGUAUCGAUCUACUUCAGAUUCAUCCUCUUGAGUUGGCUGAGCAAGUGACCCUUCACGAGUUUGAAUUAUACCGCCGGAUUGAAUUCUGGGAGGUGGAUGGUCGUGAACGCUCCUCACAGGACUCGCCCAACCUUAGUGCCUGUAAAAAUUUCUCUAACAAGUUCCGAGAUUGGUUGGUGUAUUCUAUCCUCUCUGAACGCAACUUCGAGGACCGGGUCGUUGCCAUUCAACGGAUCAUUGAUUUGAUGCUCAUUUUUGAACAUCACCGAAAUCUUCAAGGCCGUCAAGAGUCUAAGGCGGUUCUCCUCUCUGCCUCCGUCUUUCGUCUCAAGAAGGCCUUCGAGGCAGCGAGUCGUGUUCGACCCUACCGAAAGUGGGUGCAGCAGCUACAGAGAGAGGGUCGAGGACCGGCACGGCGAGUGACGAAGGCGAGUCGCGGGCUAGAAGGUGGGGAGGGGCCGACAUCUGUGGAGAAGGCCUCCACAGCCCCCACCACCACUACGUCACCCUGUCUACCUUACAUUGCCAUGCGGGUCUCCACGCAGCUCAUCCACCUUGAGCUGCACCAACCCGACCGCGUCACCCCCACUGGUGCGCCGUUCGAUGACACCAGUACAGACGCCGGCACCGGUGGACUCAUCAACUUCGUCAAGCAACGCCGACUGGCGGCGAUCGUCGAGCGUUUUCUCCAGCAUCAGCUCGUGCCCUACACCUUUCCCUUCAAGCCGCGUAUUCAACAGGCUCUCGUCGCCUCUCUGGAAGCCUUCACUCCCGAAGAGAGAGACUUCGAAGCCAGAAUGUACGCGCUUUCGGAGAGCUACGAACCUCGUGAGCCUCUAUCCGAGCCUCCACAGCCUGCUCCUGAAGUGGAGCGGCGAUUGAGCAAGGAAGCGAUCCAGGCAGCCAACUAUUUGGGCGGUCUUUCAUUGAAAGAAAAACUACAGCACGAACAGGUGGCUACCUACAAAGCCUACUUCAGUCCACGUCAAAUCAAGUCUUCAGGAAGGGUUUCGUCACCGCGUCUCUCGAGUCCUCCAAACCCCUCUGUACCGGUGCCCCCACCACCUCCGUCUCCUCCACUGCUGGCCUCGGCACCCGCGCCACCACCACUGGCACCAGCGGAGCAGCGCGUGGUAGUGCUUUGGAACACACGGCUCCGCCAACACCGAGCCGGCCGGCAAGCACGACUGACUCCCGCUCAUGGAGUUGCCACGCCCUUGCCACGACCUCUCUCUUCACCAACCACCGCCUCCUCCACUGGAGUAAUCCACCAUCACAGUAUUUCGGACGGCCAAAUGGAGAGUCUAAGCAACGGUCGUCUGCCGACAUGUACCGUUCCACCACUUACUUCGCCGCUUUCCUCUCCGCCACUGCCUCCCCCUCCUCCACCACCACCAAGACGACAAAGCAGCAGUGGACCCUCAACCUCGUCGCCUGCUUCGGCGUCGCACAGCCCUAGUCCCCUCUUCCCCCUAACAACGGUUCUGGCUUCAACCUUGGCAGGGGAGGGGGCAGCGGCGGGUGUGGACGGCGGACUGCCUCCACUGCCUCCGAAGCCGGGCCAGCGGACAUCCUCGGUGGCAGUGGGUCUCUCGCCCUCCGCCUCGUCUUCCAACCCCUCAAGGCAGUUCUUUGACACUCUCCACCCGGAGAAUCUAGCCUCGACACCACCGCUCCCCCCACGACGGCACAUUUCCUGA